AUGUGUACGAGUCAGAAUCACCUGAAGAAGAAACACAACACAAAAAUCGAAACGUUGAAAAAACACAACGUAGAAAUAAUUCACUACAACAACAAUCCCCACAAUCUCAGGAUUGCAAAAUCUUUGCCCAUUGAACAAAGAAGUCCAGCGAUAAAUAAUCAACAAAAGGCUACUGCAGUCCUACCAACUAACAAAGUCAAAAUUCGAACAAAUUCACUCAGUGAAGACACAGUAACAAAGUCACUCAAGAUCUAUAUUAUAAACAGACAAAUAAAACAAAAUAAACAAAAUCCGUGUGGAACACUGACAAUAACAAAUGAUUGUCGUAAAAAAGCUUUUUAUGUUGGAAUGUACAUAAAUGUUUAA